AUGAUGGUGGAAGGGUCUGCGUUUACUCGGAACGAUGUGUUCCAAAUGGCUAUACGCGUUGCUUUUGUGUCUGCUGUGACUUACUUCUCUAUAAAAUGGCUUGUGAACCAAAUAGAUCCUACUUCUAAAAGUCGAAAAAAGGCAGAGGAACGGGCUCGGGAACAAUUACGCAAGAUGUCUUGCAGAGCCGGACUCAGCAGUAAGCACACCCUUGCACUGGACAAGUUGACUGACCAUGAGAUGAUCAUCGCAUCACAGCUCGUCGUGCCUGAUGAGAUUAAUGUAAACUGGAAAGACAUAGCAGGUUUAGACCAUCUAAUCCAAGAGCUACGCGAGACUGUUAUCCUGCCGAUACAGAAACGUGAGUUGUUCGCAGACAGCCGGUUAACGCAGCCGCCAAAGGGUGUGCUGCUGCAUGGACCCCCUGGAUGUGGCAAAACGCUGAUAGCCAAGGCGACAGCUAAAGAAGCUAACAUGAGCUUCAUAAACCUGGAUGUAUCGUUGCUCACUGAUAAAUGGUACGGUGAGACUCAGAAGUUGGCAGCUGCGGUGUUCAGUCUCGCUGUAAAACUGCAACCUUGCAUCGUGUUUAUUGACGAGAUCGAGUCGUUCCUGCGCACCCGCACACAACACGAUCACGAAGCCACCGCUAUGAUGAAGACACAGUUUAUGUCGCUGUGGGACGGGCUCAUCACAGACCCUACGUGUACUGUCAUUAUCAUGGGAGCUACAAACCGCCCGCAAGACUUGGACAAGGCCAUCCAGCGCCGCAUGCCGGCCACCUUCCACGUGCCCAUGCCCAGCGAGCAACAGCGUGAGAGGAUCCUACAGCUGAUCCUUCAAUCUGAGCCCAUCACUCCUGAUAUCGACUACAAGCGGUUGGCGAGUGCGACGGAGGGCUUCUCCGGCUCGGACCUGCACGAGCUGUGCCGCCAAGCCGCCGUCUACCGCGUGAGGGACCUCGCGCGGGACGAGAUCGCCAGGGAACUUAAUGAGACUGAAGAUACAACAAAAACGAAGUCGUCAAAUUCGGACUCUGAUGACGAGUACGUGGACGCUGUGCGACCCAUCACCAUGGACGACCUUCGUCUGUCGCUGACCAAGCUCAAGGAGUCUAAGAUACAGUGCGGGACCCUCGCGCCCGCCUUGAGAAUAGAGCUCGACUAG